UAGAUGAUCACAGCUGAUACUGCGAGGAGCGAUUUAUCGUGACUUCCAUCAGGUCGGAAUGAAACGCGGCCGAGCGGAAGGGACAAGGACGGAGAGAUAACUCAAGGGAGGACGAUAAAGCUCAUCUGAGAUGCUCGAUCUUUUUCUCGUCCAGACAUUUCUCAGCACGGGAUUUGCUUGUGUUUUAAUGCACUCUGUUCUUAUAACGAAACAAAUCAGUUUGGCACCGAACUAAGUCGAAACAGAUGCAACGCUUCAUUCGCAGGAUUACCAGAAGCUCAGAGAGUGUCAGUGUAUGAUUCUCAUCUGAGAAGCACAGGGGAGACAGCUGCUCCCACACACUUCAGGACUUCAUAAACUGGCCAUACAAGAUCAUAUGAGUGCAGCUUUCAGUUCACCGUUCAUGAUGAUGCAGCGUCCGGUGGGAAGCACCACUGCAUUCAGCAUUGACUCGCUCAUCGGAGGUCCACCGCAGCCCAGUCCGGGACAUUUCGUGUACACGGGCUAUCCCAUGUUUAUGCCCUACCGGUCAGUGGUGCUGCCUCCGCCGCCGCCGCCACCUCCUCCGACUCUUCCCCAGAGCGCGCUCCCCGCGACCCAUCCGCACCACCCGAUCCCGGGCUUACCCAGCGGGUUCUGCUCCAGUCUGGCGCAGGGCAUGGCGCUCACAUCCACGCUAAUGGCCACGUUACCCGGCGGUUUCUCCACCUCGCCGUCGCAGCAGCAGCACCAGGACGCGGCGAGGAAGCUCGGCUCUCAGUCUCUCCACGCCAUGUUUGAUAAAUCUCAGGAUAUUCGUUUGGAUGGAGAGGAUGGGAAAACGUUUCCAGCGAAAGAUUCAGCGACCCUUCCGUCAUUUCACGACUCGCAGUCCGUGCACACCUCCACAGCGCGAGGUCACAGCAAAGACGACGCGAAGGAGGAUGAGUGUCACAGGAAGGAUGAGAGCUUCUCUAUGGACAGUGAUUUAGAUUACAGCUCCGACGAGAACGGGCCCGGGAACGCGAUGUGUCAGAAGGAGGACGGAGACGCCAGCGGAGGACUGGACGGUGGGAACGGGGUCGGGAACACCACAUCCACCGGGAAAAACCGGAGGAGGAGGACGGCUUUUACGAGCGAGCAGCUCUUAGAACUGGAAAAGGAGUUUCACUGUAAGAAAUAUCUAUCCCUCACAGAACGCUCACAGAUCGCACAUGCCUUAAAGCUCAGCGAGGUGCAGGUCAAGAUCUGGUUUCAGAACCGGAGAGCCAAGUGGAAACGAGUCAAAGCGGGCAACGUGAACUCCAAAACCGGAGAGCCCUCCAGAAACCCCAAAAUCGUGGUGCCCAUUCCGGUGCAUGUUAGUCGGUUUGCAAUACGCAGCCAACACCAACAGUUAGAACAGGCCAGACCUUGACCAUUCCAGAGAGAGGACACGAAAUAUCACCAAACUGUUCAAACGCGGAGAAAAAGAAGCAACAGACUCCUGGGAGAAACUGCAGUUUUAUUUCCAACUUUGGACCAAAUCACGAACAAAUUUGAGUUCUAUGUAUUUAAAAACAUAAUGAGUUUAGUUUUGUGUGACUGUCUAGUUCGUGUGUUUUUGGCAGAGAUGAAUAUUAUCCUAAAAGGAGCACUUCUGGUCUCUGCUGAAGAACACAAUAUAAUAGUAAAAUUAACAACAUUCCCUCGAAUUUAUAAAGCGACCUGGUAAAUAUGUGCUUUUUAUUUUUUAUGGUAAAUAGCCUAUAUUUAAUUUUUUUUUUUCUUGCAUUCGUUUCCCUUUUUCUGUAACCUUUUUUCAGACGUCACGGGCACGUUGCUAAUUUAUUUAAUAUUGUGAGAAAAAAAAAACUUGCUAACGUUUCAUGAGUUUUACUGACUUCAGAAUAUUGUGUGGAUUAAAGCUGGACCAUAAACAACUGUAAAGAAA